AUGUCGCGCAUCCCUCCUCGUCCCGGUACAGCCCAGAAGAGAAUGCCUGAUACUCAAAAAGAAGAAGUGAGCGAAUGCCUUUUUAAGUGGGGAGAUGACAUAGAUAUCAAUCUCGGCGGAUAUCAUAUGUCCCCCUCCUCAGCUCGUGCUAUCAACAAGACUCUCGGCAUCAAUGAUUCCGAGUAUAAAGACGGCCAACUGGAAAUCCCGAUCAACACCUGGCUCAAAGACAAUAAACCAGACAUUCUGAGUGGAUGCCUUACAUGGCAGUUCGACCCACUUAGCAGUCGUGUCUUCUUCUUCACACACUUUUGUGAUGACUGGGUGUGGCCAGAAGAAGACGAGGAAGAUCUGCGGGUCAAGAACUGGCUAAAGGAGAACGGCGCCACUGACAUGACGGAAUGGAUAGCCUUAUGGGACGAGUAUGGUUUCACUCACUACGGGUUGAAACCUCGAGCAAUGUCGAGUGAUUACAGGAAUUCGGUGCCAAUCAGACAGUUUAUCGACAAUCCCUGGACGUCGCCCGCGAGCAAGCUUAGGGGCAAUCCGGACAAAGAAGAAAAACCAGAUUACAACCCUGACCAGCAAGAUUGA